AAUACAGAUAAAUUAAUAAUGGCAUUAUUCGAAGGAAAUGAAAUCAAGGUGCGACUAAUAUACUUGUUAUGUGUAUUCUUGUUGAUUAUGGCCAUUGUAUCGGCCUUUUCAACAUUUAUCAUUGGUAUAGUCAUUUGCAUAGCCACUAUCUUGGUGGCAAUCUGUGGUGCAGUCGGUGCUCGAUUCACCAGUGUAAGACUGCUCUGGUACUUCAUGCUUGGACUGCUGGCCCUCAUUGCUCUCUCAAUCGUUUCCAUCAUCUGGACACUCAUCAAAUCCAAAGGUUUCUCUGGCUGGAUGAUCAAGGACAUCAUUCUUAUUGCUCUAUAUGGUGUAGGCAUUUUCCUUGCAUUCUUGCUCAGAGGCCGUUCAUUCAGAUUCAACCCAGUUGUUGGACAGAACCCCAACUUCCAGAAGCUAUAA